CCGCCGAAGCUCGCCGACUAGAGGCAAAGUACCACAGCUUCUCCAAGCAGUCGGACGGGCGUUAGAAGCUCUUCGGAAGAAACCGUUUUCCCCAAUACUUCAAUUUUCUCUAAAUAUUCCUGACGCACACUAGGAUCAAACGUUUUCGUGUGUUUCGUGUUCAUGUAUUCGGACAGUUGAAGGAAAACGAGUUGAGCUCGAGACACGCACAGCAUCCUUCUCUUGUCAAGUUGAGCCUCAUCCGAGCCUCGGGCUCACUGCCCUUCAGCACACUGGAGCGCUUCUAGCACUGUGCACUGUUUUGUGCACUGAGUUUGACGGACACAUUUUCUUCUUCGUCUUGGAAGUAUUCGUUUAAGACUGAGAAACAUCGCUAAAUAUAUCGACCGGACUCAAGGACAGGGAAUUAUUUUUUCUCUCACAACGCGGUUACGCAUGGUGGGAAUUUCUACCUCUUUUCAGUCAUUUGCUGGUGAAUCUGUCAGUGCGCAUCUGGACUCAGCUCUGAAAACCGAACAGCUCAUGAUCAGGAUUUAGAAAUGAGACAUCGCACUGAGAAGCGCUCCACUAUGCCUGACUCACCUGCUGAUGUGAAAACACAGUCCAGGUUAACUCCGCCCACCAUGCCUCCUCCCCCAACCACACAGGGAGCUCCCAGGACCAGCUCCUUCACCCCCACUGCGUUAACGAAUGGCACCAGUCACUCUCCCACUGCACUGAAUGGAGCUCCAUCUCCACCCAAUGGUUUCAGCAAUGGGCCUUCAUCAUCAUCAUCAUCCUCGUUGGCCAAUCAACAGCUGCCACCGGCCUGUGGUGCAAGGCAGCUCAGCAAGCUCAAACGCUUUCUCACGACACUACAGCAGUUCGGCAAUGACAUCUCACCUGAGAUAGGAGAACGAGUGCGUACCUUGGUGUUGGGGCUUGUGAACUCCACUCUAACCAUUGAGGAAUUCCACUCCAAACUGCAAGAAGCGACCAACUUCCCACUCCGACCUUUUGUCAUCCCCUUUUUGAAGGCCAACCUACCGCUACUGCAGAGGGAGCUGGUGCACUGUGCACGACUGGCCAAGCAGAACCCGGCUCAGUAUCUCGCCCAACAUGAGCAACUCCUGCUGGACAUAAGCACCACGUCACCUGUCGACUCGUCUGAACUCUUGAUGGAUGUCAACGAGAAUGGCAAGAGAAGAACGCCUGACAGAACCAAAGAGAACGGCUUUGAGCGGGAGCCGCUCCACCCUGAGCACCCCAACAAGAGGCCUUGCACUAUAAGCCCUGGCCAGCGCUUCAGCCCCUCCAACGGGAUCUCCUACCAGCCGAACGGCCUGCCGCACCCCACCCCGCCCCCUCCACAGCACUACCGUCUGGACGACAUGGCCGUGGCACAGCACUAUAGAGAUUCCUACCGCCACCCCAACCACCGCGAGCUCCGUGACCGCCCUCGACCGCUGGGGAUGCACGGCAGCACUCGUCCGGAGGAAGUCAUAGAUCACAGACUCACAGACAGAGAAUGGGCAGAAGAGUGGAAGCACCUUGACCAUGUAAGAAAACUCCUGAACUGCAUUAUGGAUAUGGUGGAGAAGACACGGCGCUCUCUGACAGUGUUGCGUAGGUGCCAGGAGGCUGACCGGGAGGAGCUCAACUACUGGAUCCGUCGUUACAGCGAUGCUGAAGAUAUUAAAAAGACAAGCAGCUCCAGCAGCAGUCAGUCCAGACAGCAGAGCCCCGCCAGUCAAGAAAGUAAUGCUUUAGACAUCCAUCGGGAGAUCCUUCACAGACCUGUGUCUGGAUAUGUCCCUGAAGAAAUCUGGAAGAAAGCCGAAGAGGCUGUGAAUGAGGUGAAGAGGCAGGCCAUGUCUGAGUUGCAGAAAGCUGUGUCAGAGGCCGAGCGCAAGGCCCACGAGAUGAUCAGCACUGAGCGAGCCAAGAUGGAGCGCACGGUGGCAGAGGCCAAGAGACAAGCGGCAGAGGACGCGCUGUCAGUCAUCAACCAGCAGGAGGACUCUAGUGAGAGCUGCUGGAAUUGCGGGCGCAAGGCGAGCGAGACCUGCAGCGGCUGCAACACGGCGCGUUACUGUGGUUCCUUCUGCCAGCACAAGGACUGGGAAAAGCACCACCACGUAUGUGGCCAGACUCUGCAGGCUCAGCAGCAGGGCGAGACCCCCGCUACCGUCAGCUCCUCAGCCACCCCCAGCAGCGGCGCCGGCAGCCCCGCGGACACACAAUCCGUCGCUACUCCUCGCUCAGUCACGCCCGGCACACCCUCCACCAUAGAGUCCACGCCGCGCUAGAGCCCCGGGAGGGCCAUACUAGAUGCCUCAGCCAACCAGGGACUGACUCACCUGCCUAACUUGCUCCAAAAUGCUAAAUCUAGCACACUAACAAAGAGAGAAAACUGUACUUAGGGCGAUCACCCACAGGAGGUCCAUUUCGGGUCAUAUUGACUUGCCAUGAUAGAGAACGCAAAGAUAUUCUUUGUUUGAAAUUCUCAUUGUUCUUUAUUGUCACUACAGCUAUUAUCGAUUACUGUUGAUAAUGUCUUUUAUUGUUGUUAUGGCUCUCUUACAUUCUUGUAAAUAAGAAGACAAAUGAAGUAGACAGCCAGGACCUCUCGAUGAGUAUUUGACCUCCACUUCGUUCCGUUUGUUUGUCUGUUUUUUUUUUUUUUUUUUCUCCUUCAUUCCGUUCUUAAAGCUCUUUAUCCAGUAGCUGGGAAAUGAAACUUUUUGACCUCAUUAAAAGACACUUUAAAUGACAAAAACCAAGGAAAUACUUCAUAGCUGAUGAAAGCAAAGACUAAGAAUAUUAUUAAGACAAAAAGACAUGCCAUGGACGGCAUCUGUGUUGGACGUGGUGGAGUAGACGGCGGACUGAACUCUGCAGAUGUGCAGCAGAUUGUGAAGGAACGCAGAUGUUCGUCCAUCUUCUGCAAGAUAAUAUCCAGGUCAAUGGUCUGAGAAAUAAAAAGCUGUUUCACUGAGGAAUGUAGGGGCGAGGAGGGCCCGUGCUGGAUGUUGAGUACCGCACCACAUAAUGAAGGAUGCGCUCUGAGCCCUGAUCCCAAAUCAACUCCAUCUGCUCCCAAAACAGGAAGUGAAGUCAUGGGCCCACCAGAGCAGGACUGUCAGAACCUCACUAUGACAGCCGCUGGGAAACAAAGGGCUGAGAAAUUACCCAGAAAUCCCAGGCUUUUGGAGCCAGCCCAGAGCUCCUCCUAUCCUCGAAUCCCACCAUCAGUCCUCGUUCUGAUUCUUUUUGCCCUUCUAGAUCUCAUCGUGUUAAACACUUGUGUCCUGUGCCGCCUCCAAUGGUUAUUUAUUGUACAUGUGCUGGCCAAUUUUGACGACGCAUUAAUAGUUUAAACCACGAUCACAACUUUUUAGUCUUUCUAGGUGCAAAAAGGAAGAACAUAUUUUCUCUUUUUGUCUCUCUCUCUCUCUGGCAAGCUGCUUUUCUAUUCGUAUGUGUUUGUGCUAGUCCCCUUGUAAUUCUCUAAGAAGAAAAAACACUUUUCCCAUUGUCCUCGAAAGACAGACGCUAUCUCUCAGAGCUGCUACUUCAGUCUCAUUCAGAUGUUUUUCUGAGAACUAGCAUGUUACAUGGAAUGCUAACAUAAAUGUUUUUGUACAUGGGACGUACAUAAAUGUAUUUGCACUGUCACGGUUUCUCUCAGCAUGCUUUUUUUGGCAGAAUGGAGCCUCACUUCACAGGUUAUCUUUGGAGUGCUUCGUUACUUAUCUGUGAUUUUCUUUUCUUGUAAAAAAAAAUGUAGAAAAUCUAUGGGAAAAAAAGAGAAUCACAAGUAUCACAAUCUGCUUUUGUUAAGAUUUUUUUCUAAACAUUUUGCUUUGGAUAGUUAAGGACAGUGCAUGCAUUUGCAUACUGAACGCUAUGGUGUGUGUUGUUUUUGUUUUCUACAAAAAAAAAAAGGAAAAAUACAAAAAUGUAAAAUACACUAAGAAACUAACUUUCCAAAAGCAGAGGUGAAAAACAGACAGCUUUAACACUGCAGAGCACCAGGAUACACAGUAUUACAGAAAAAUUAACAUGGAAGACAGCCAAAGACAGACAUGAAGGACCAAAACAUGAUUUUAUCCAAGAUUUAAACAUGGCAAAAGAGACCUUCUUGUUUUCUCAACGUGUUUAUCAGGGGAAGCCACAUUGAGCAAUGUUUCCAUUCGAAAACCUUUAACUCUCCCCUGUCCAGAGCCAAGACCAGCCCUGUUCAGCUCGUAGGGAGGAGGAGCCACUCCAAACCAUGCAGCAGUUCCUAAGGAAAGAGGGUUUCACGUGUGGAUGAUGCGGUCUGAAAGAUUGAGCAAUAAUCGUACAGGUGCAGGGUGAGGUUUCACAACCAUUUUAUUGUCAUCGUUUUUCCUAACGUAUCAUUCCUAGAAAACGGAUUUGUGAUGAGAACGUCGCUCCACAAGGCAACCAGCCCAACCGAACCGAAGCUCUUCUCGUUCAUGAAUGGCGCAUAACCAAACCUUCAAGUGUUUCAGCUCAAGAUAAAAAGCCAUGUGAGACUCUAAAACUAAACAACCUCGUCAAUGGCUUAAAAGGAAGAGGGGUCUAAAUGGGCACUUAACUGCACUCUGACGGUUCACGUCCCCCAAACCAUGGUGCUAAACUCUGCAUUUGAGGAGUGGCUGGCUCUGGAUACACUCCAGGCAUGCUAUGGUUAAAUAAUAAAAAAAAAACUAAGGUGUAAGACACCUGUCUGCAUCUCCAGAGACCCUGCCAGCUAAGCUGUCUUGAAACACUAGUGUAAUAUUUUUUUUAAAUACAUAUAGUUAGUGUAGUAAGUUCGAUCAGGGAGACCUGAAUAAAAUAAGCAAGGGUGAAGCGUUAAAUAACUCCUUCUCUUUCCCAGUCUAUUAUGUCUGUUUUGCUACAACCUUUUUUUCCUCUGUGGCAAAAAGUCUAACUCUACCUCUGACAGCACGUUAGGAGAACCAGUCGCUGAGCGGACACUGGUCUAGUCAAACCAAAUGGGAAUGAGAACAGGACUUAAACCCAAAGUUAAAAGCUCAUAUAGCUGCAAACCAUAUCACUACUUGGUAACAAUGCAGACCUCAUGAGAAAAAAAAAAAUUGAAUACAUAAAAUAAAAUAAAAACCUAGAAAAAUAAGUUAUGUUCUUUUUAAGUUUGUCACACAAAACUCAAAGUAAAAAAAAAAAGAUUUCAGAGCGUUGACUCCAUUUGAUAUACACUAUAAUUCAAUACAUGGUUAAAGAUGAGAAAUGUGAUAUAUUCUUAUUGCCCUCCUCUUCUCCCGGACCACCUUUUCUUCUGUCGUGAGACACGCUUGGCCGCUGGUCAGUGUCAUUAGGGUUCGUGAUUAUGAGGGAUUCGCUCCAAACGUGAGCGAAAAGUGACACUGGUGAAUUUGCGCAUGCCUUGUUUGCCAGGUGAUAAGUUUUUAUUUUCUCCAGUUUGUAAAGUGAAUUAAACUUUGGGACAAUAAAGUAACGGUGGAAAAAUUCAGUGAAAUAAAUUGGUCGGGUGGGUUCAGGACGGGCAGUUGUAGGGUUCUUCGAAAAUCUUUAUUGUGGAAAAAAAAAACUCAUGAAAGUCGUUGUGCAAUACUUAAUGUAAACAUGAACCACAGGUUUCAGGAGGGCUGCUGGGAGGGUGUGGACUCUCACACCUUUCAGUAUACUCUAGGGGUUUUGAGUCUAUGGCAGAGCUGUGGUUUCUUGUUUAAUCUCUUAUUUUAUUCUCUCAUUUUUGGGGGCUGUAGUAAAUGGUCUGUCAGUCUGUGAAUCUUUGCAGUAUGAUUCUGAUAUUGUUGUAUUCUUUACUGUGUAAUAAAUAUGUUCAUACCUGCA